GACUUGUUGACGGUUGGUUCUCUUCGGUUUUCCGGGCCUGCGUCGAUUUCCAGAGUUUUUGGCGCGAGUGCGAGAAAAUUCGAAAAUUGCCCGUUUGCGUGAGUGCCCCUAAAAAAAAUGCUGGACUCACAGGACCGAAGAGGGCUGUGCCCCUAGAAGGAUACAAAUAAAUAUAUAUUUAUCAGUAUAGCCAUUAAAACCAAAAAAAUUAAAUGAUUGCAAAAUAAUUGAGGGAUAGAGAAAAGUCGCGGAGAUGCCGAUCAAAAAGGUGGCGGUGAAGGAGUACGAUUCGCAGGAUGAGGCCAGCACCGAGUUGCUGGAGAAGCUGAAGCACCUGGACCGCCGUGUGGACGCCGCCGAGGGCGGGGGCGUGGCCAAGGGGGCGGCCGGCGGUAGGAGGAGCACCGCCUGCUGGCAGUCGGUGAAGUGGAAGUCGGCCCUCAAUCACAUAGGACUGCUCGUCUCGCUGUCCAUCUACUGCGGCGUGGGCGGAUUGAUAUUUAGGCAUUUAGAACGCCCUGCGGAGGUGGAACGCUUAUCUCAUCUCAAGGAGGUGGUGAAAACCCACAGGGAAAAAUUCAUGCACACCAUAUUGAACAACACCGAGGUUCGCAAUCUCGACCAGCUCUUGGCCUUUGAGUUGGCCAAAUAUGAAGCGGCCGUUCAACAGGCGGCUGAGGGGGGGCUGCUAAUUGUGGCCGAUAAAGACUUUCCAGAGCCCUACGAGCGAUGGAGUAUUCUGCAAGCUGUGUUCUUCUCAUCGACUGUGUUAACCACCAUAGGCUAUGGCAAUAUUGUGCCAGUGACGACUGGUGGUCGGGUAUUUUGCAUUUGUUUCGCCCUCAUCGGCAUCCCAUUCACCCUCACAGUGAUUGCCGAUUGGGGUCGAUUGUUUGCCUCAGCGGUCUCUGUUUUUGGCCAUCAUAUGCCCACCAAGCCAAAGUUCACCAACUUUAUUGGCAAGACCUGGUUCUAUGCCAUUUUGGCCGUUGGCUUUUUGGGCGUUUACUUGGCCGCUGGAGCUGGUCUUCUUCUGCUUUGGGAAGAUGAUUGGACCUUCUUCGAUGGCUUCUACUUUUGUUUCAUCACCAUGACAACCAUCGGCUUCGGUGAUUUGGUGCCAAAGAAACCCAACUACAUGUUGCUGUGCACAUUGUAUAUUCUUAUUGGCCUGGCCCUGACUUCCACUAUCAUUGAGCUUGUGAGACGACAAUAUGCAACCAGUUGGGCCAAGCUACAGGAGCUUUCGGGACCCAUGGCGGAGACAUUACGUCGAUUGGGCGAAACAGCCGGCACAGGUCUCGAUUAUUCAACCCUGCAGAAGGUCCUUACGGUUUCCAUGCCCAAAUGGAAUAGCAAGAAGAACGACCACAGUCCCGACAUUGCCGCCUUGGAGGCCAUCACAAAUGCCAUUUUGAAGGAGGUUAAGGAGGCCCAGAACAACAAGCCCAAGGUCCUGCAGAUCGUCAUCUACGAGUCCUCUGUCUAAGAUAAUGAAAAACAAAAUUAGAUAAACAAAUCAGACAGCCAGAGAGCUUCCAUCGUGAAAAGUGCUGCAUAAUUUUGGGCAACCAGCAAGAAAACAAAAAAGUAAUAUCAAGAAAAAUAUCAAACGUAGUUAGGCUGCUGAUCGUCAUCCAUGGGUUACAGUGGACACUGGCUACUGUAGCACUGCCAGACUUCCAUAAGUUAGUGUCCGUACUUAUAGCUAUUAUAUAGUCAAAUGUCUAGGCAAUAACAUUGCUCAUACGUACUGAGGCCACCACAUACAUACUCAUACCCUCACACAUGCAAAGCGCGGCAGGUGAUUUAAUAUCUAUCUUGAAUAGUCGUAGAUAAUAUUUUUUUUUCUAGGAAUUCUAACCGUAUGAGGUAGCUUAAGUUAUCGUUAAUCGUAAUUGUAACUCUUGUCCAUACCAUGCAUAAAUGUCAUCUUAACAAUA